CAGCGGCCGGAUGUGAAUAUUUUCAUCGCGGCGAUUGGAAUAAAUGGGAAUAUGUGGAAACGCCGAAAAUGAUCCGACUCGAUGAAAAAAACAUUAAGUUGGGUCCUGCACCUACUGAUGAUUUUAAGUCUGGAAAGUUAAAAUGAAAAUUCCAAAUGAAGGAACUGGUAAAUUGAUUUGGAAGAAAAAUGUAAUAUCUGUAUUGUGAUGCUACUUUACCUCCAGUCUGUACUGCCUUUAUGGUUUUAUGGUGAAGAUGUAUGAGAACAUUCGUGCACUAUGAGAAGUGACUCUCUUUCUGAGCAGUGCAAUACAGGUCAAUGUUGUGGGACUAUUUGAGGUAUGGCCUCUUUGGAUCUACCCUACCGCUGUCCAAGAUGUGGGGAACACAAGCGUUUUAGGAAUCUUUCUUCAUUGCGAGCUCAUCUGGAAUACAAUCAUACAUAUGAGACACUUUACGUCCUUUCAAAGUCUAACAGCAUCUGUGAUGCUGGUAUUUUAUCUUCAGGAGGUGACAAAUCAAUUCUGAUACCUACUUCCUGUAAAGAAAUCUUUGAAAGCACUUCAUUUAGGAGCAAAGAACAGAGAUAUUUAUAUGAUUUAGAGUGCGGGGAGGAAUUAUCACAUGGUUCCACCUGUUAUUUGCCUGAAGUCGAAGGCCCAGUAAACGAAAUAUUCAUGAGAAAGGCAGUGACUCCUUCUACUCCCCCUGCAGCUCUGGCUGCAGCUGCAGUAGAUGCUGUUUAUGAGGAAGGGCUGGCUCGGUUAAAGAUCCAAGCUUUCGAGAAGCUAGACUUGAAUGAGCGCUUAGAAAAGCUGUCGGAGGAGGUGGAGCAGAAGAUCACAGCCCGAGUGGAUAAGCUUCAGAUAGAACUUGAAAAGAAAAGCUCAGAACUGGAAAAAGCCAAGCAAGAAAGCAUACGGUUGAGCCAAGAAAAGCAAAAUCUUGAAGAGAAGGCUACUGAACUAUCACGGCAAGUUGAUGUGAGUGUAGAAAUGCUGGCCACAUUGAAGCAAGAUUUGGUGCAGAAGGACCAGGAACUAGCCAGGAAACAGCAGGAGGUGUUACAAAUUGAUCAAUUCUUACAAGAGACAGCAGCACGAGAAGCAAAUGCAAAAGUCCGUCUGCAGCAGUUCAUUGAGGAGCUUUUGGACAGAGCAGACCGAGCCGAGAAGCAGCUAAUGGUCAUCAGUAGUUGUGGUACGACACCAAAUGGCAGCCUAGGAAGAUGUAGUAACCCAGGUGCAAAAGGAAUUAGAAAACAACAGGGUGAAAGAUAUGCAACAGCAAGUGGAAUUUCCCGAGGAAAUGUGCUUGUAGCUGAGCAGCAGUCAUUACCAAAUGUCAGACCAAAGCCACUUGCUCAUGUGUCACGAUGCUAUGAUAGUGACGGUUUUAUGCAGUCUGCAGACAUACAGCACGUAGAACAGAGUCCAGAGCGGAACUAUCAUCACAAACAAACCCGUAAUUCAGAAACUAAGUGCAUUAAAGACCCCAUAUCACGAAACUCAGCACUGCGCAGACAGGCUGUUGAAAAUUGGCAUCGGAGGCCAUAUCGUAACAGCACAGAGGGAGAAGAAGGUGAUGUAUCCGAUGCUGGCUCUAGGACGACGGAAUCGGAGGUGGAAGUUUGGGAGCAAGAAAGUAGAAGUUCAACAGAGCCACAGAAAUUUGGAUCCAAUCGUGUCAGGGCUUAUCGACUCAGUACGGGUAAUGCCAAAGCAGUUAAUUACAAAACAGCCAAACAUCAGAAGAGCAGUCCCUCACGAUCAAAUGAAGUUAUCAGCCCUGAGGUGCUGAAGAUGCGAGCAGCACUAUUUUGUAUUUUCACGUACCUGGACACCAAGACGUUAUUGCAAACAGCUGAAGUCUGUCGGGACUGGAAAUAUGUGGCUAGACAUCCAGCAGUUUGGACCAGAGUUCUGUUGGAGAAUGCCAGAGUGUCUUCUAAGUUCAUGGUGACCCUUUCCCAGUGGUGUACACAGACCCACUCUCUUACUCUUCAAAGCAUCAAACCCCGUCCAAAAGGGAAGAAGGAGACCAAGGAGGAAUAUCUUAAAAGCACACAUGGCUGUCUGGAGACAGGACUGGAAUCCCUGCUGAAGGCUGCUGGCAGCAAUCUCCUAAUUCUGAAGGUUUCCCAUUGUCCAAACGUACUGACUGACCGUUCACUUUGGUUGGCAAGUUGCUACUGCCGCGCACUUCAAGCAGUAACUUAUCGAAGUUCAACAGAUCCAGUUGGCCAUGAAGUGAUUUGGGCUUUGGGAGCUGGCUGUAGAGACAUAAUUUCCUUGCAAGUUGCACCAUUACAUCCUUGCCACCAGCCAACACGGUUUAACAACCGCAGUCUGCAGAUGAUCGGGCGCUGCUGGCCACACUUGCGAGCUCUGGGAGUUGGGGGUGCAGGAUGUGGAUUGCAGGGGCUAGCCUCCUUGGCUCGGAAUUGUAUCCGGUUGCAAGUACUGGAACUGGAUCAUGUGACUGAAAUAAACCAGGAGGUAGCAGCAGAAGUUUGUCGAGAGGGUCUAAAAGGAUUAGAAAUGCUGGUACUGACAUCAACCCCAGUCACACCGAAAGCUUUGUUACAUUUUAACAGUGUCUGUCGCAGUUUGAAAUCUAUUGUGGUGCACAUUGGGAUAACUGAUUACUUUGAGGAGCCAGGCAGCCCAGAAGCUCGGAGAUUGUUUGAAGAAAUGGUUGGCAAACUUCAGGCUCUGAAGAAACGGCCUGGAUUCUCAAAAAUUCUUCACAUCAAAGCAGAAAGUGUUUGUUAAAGUUGACAACAGAAACUGCAAUUCUACAAAAUAUCAUGUGCUGAAGACAUUUUUGCAGAAAAGUGGCUUUUCUGUAAUGAUUGAAAACAAAUACCCGAUCGAAAAGCAAAACGAACUGAUUUUUAAUCCAAGACCAUUCCCAUUUGUAUGCACCCAUAUCUGAACCAUCAAGAGAUGUCGGUCUGGUAUACAAUCAACCAUUUAUUAUCACAACAAUGAAGCCAGCUACCUACAGAGAGAUAGAGGCAUAGAGCACUACCACAUAGAAACAGACCCUUCAACACUAAAACAACAACUCUUCAGUUCAUCCCAAACAUUAAAUUAACUCACUCAGUGUUGGAACCAGGAUGCAAGACAGUUUUAAACAGAAUUACUCCCAAGUUAAACAGCUACAACACAAAGCCACUGAUGUUUCUGUAUGUGUCACUCUGGAAUGAAGCCACAUGAUCCCAAAUGAAAACAGAAUUACUACGAAGGCUUGGCGUGUACAGUAUGUUAAAUGAAACGAAGCAUUGACUACAAGGCCAGAGAGAUGGGAAAGUAAUGCCUGCUAGCAAAUCACAGCGGAGUGAGAUUGGACUGCAACUCUUCCCAUUGUCGGGAAUGCCAGAUGAACCUGGAUAAGGGAGAGGAAGCCAUAUGCAUGCUCUUGAUAAAACAUUAAGUUUCUAUAGAUGAUUGAUCUAUAUACCACUCCCAUAAUAUGCUCAAGUUUAUAUCCAUCCCCAAAUGUCACUUAAAUAUCACUUUUAAAUUAGGAUCUUUAGUAUCCUGUGAAUGCUCUGAAUAAGGCCAAUAAUUAUGAAACCAUUUACACUGAGCUGGUUUCACCCCUGUCUGCUAAAAUUUCUCACUGCCUACGAAACAGGAUAAAGUUGAUGAACUAUCUUGGUUUCUUUCACAGGAGGUUUUUAUAUAGUUAUGUGACAUGGAACCAGGACAUGUGACCCACUGGUCCACGCUGACCAUUGGAUAUUCAUUGAAAUUAAUCCCAUCCCCCUAUUGCGGCACCUGCCUGCACUCCAGACACAAUUUACAACAGCCCCCCAAUUAACCUGUCACCUUGCACAUCUUUGGUUACGGGAGAAAAUGGAAGAAACCUGCUCAUGUGGUCUGGGGAGAACAUGGAAACUCCACACUGCAUGGAGGCCAGGAUUGAACUGAGAAAACGCAAACGCCACACAGUGUUGAGGCCAGGAUCGCACCGAGAUCUUGCUAACUCCACACAGUGUGGAGGCCAGGAUCACACCGAGAUCUUGCUAACUCCACACAGUGUGGAGGCCAAGAUUGAACUGACAACAUGUAAACUCCCCACAGCAUGGAGGCCAGGACUGAACUGACAAAAUGCAAACUUCACAGUAUGGAGGCCAGGAAUUAACUGAGAUGCGUCACUCUACUCACUUCUUAUUGAUUCCAAUCAUAAGACCAUAAGAUAUAGGAGAAGAAUUAGGUUAUUUGGCCCAUUGAGUCUGCUCUGCCAUUUCAUCAUGGCUGAUCCAUUUUUCCUGUCAGCCCAAAUCUCCCGCCUUCACCCCAAAUCCCUUCAUGCCCUGAACAAACAGAAUCGAUUAACUUCUGCCUUAAUAUACAUAAAGACUUGGCCUCCACAACAGCCUGUGGGAAUGAAUUCCACAGAUUCACCACACCCUGGCUAAAUAAACUCCUCUUCAUCUUUUUUAAAACAAUGCUCCUCUAUUCUGAGGCUUUGUCCUCUGGUCUGAGACUCAUCCCACCAUAGGAAACAUCCUCGCCACAUCCACUCUUAUCAAGGCAUUUCACCAUUUGAUAGAUUUCAAUUAGGUCACCCCUCAUUCUCCUGAAUUCCAGUGAAUACUGGCCCAGAGCCAUUAAACGAUCUUCACAUAGACAAGCCGUACAAACUUGGAAUCGUUUUCAUGAACCUCCUUUGAACGCUCUCCAGUUUCAGCACAUCCUUUCCAAAAUAAGGGUCCCAAAAACUGCUCUCAAAACUCCAAGUGAGGCCUCACCAGUGCUUCAUAGAGUCUCAACGUGAUAUCCUUGCUUUUAUAUUCCAGUCCUCUUGAACUGAGUGCUAAUAUCACAUUUGCCUUCCUCACCACAGACUCAGCCUGCAAGUUGAUCUUCAGGAAAUCCUGCACAAGGACCUCCAAAUGCAGUUGCACAUCAGAUUUUUGUAUUUUCUCUCCACUUAGAAAAUAGUCAACCAUUUCAUUGCUUCUGCCAAAGUGCAUGACCAUACACUUCCUGACACUGUAUUCCAUCUGCCUCCUUUUCCCGUUCUCCUAAUCUGUCUAAGUCUUUCUGUAGCCUCUCAAUUUCUUCAAAACUACCUGCCUCUCCACUUAUCUUCAUAUCAUCUGCAAGCUUUGCAACAAAGCCAUCAAUUCCACCAUCCACAUCGUUGACAAAUAAUGUAAAACAAUCGGUCCCAACACAGAGCCCUACGGAACACCACUAGUCACCGACGGUCAACCAGAAGAGGCUCCCUCUAUUCCCACUCUGCCUCGUGCCAAUCAGCCACAGUUUAUCUAUUCUAGAAUUUUUCCUGUAAUACCCUGGGCCUGCAGCUUGUUAAGCAGCCUCACUUGUGGCAACUUGUCAAAGGCCUGAAGAUUCAAGUAUGCAACGUCAACCGAUUCUUCUUUGUCUAUCCUUCUUGUUAUUUCUUCAAAGAAUUCCAAACAUAUUUGUCAGGCAAGAUUUUCCCUAGAGGAAACCAUAAGACAUAGGAGCAGAAUUAGGCCAUUCAGCCUAGCGAGUCCACUCUGCCAUUUCAUCCUGGCUGAUCCCAAAACCCAUUCAAUCCCAUACUCCUGCCCUCUCUUCAUAAUCCUUGGUGCCUCAACCAAUCAGGAAUAUCUCAACUUCCGCUUUAAAUAUACCCACGGACUUAAACUCCACCACAGACUGUGACAGAGCAUUCCACAGAUUCAGCACUCUUUGUCGAAAGAGAUUCCACCUUACUUCUGUUCUAAAGGGUUGCCCCUCAAUUUUGAGGCUGUGCCCUCUAGUUCUGGAUACCCGCACCAGAGGAAACAUCCUCUCCACAUCCACUUUAUCUAGACCUUUCACCAUUCGGUAUGCUUCAAUGAGAUCCACAUACAUUCUUUUAAAUUUCAGUGAGUACAGUCCCAAACCUGCCAAUCGCUCCUCAUAUGUUAACCCCUUCAUUCCCAGAAUAAUCUUUGUGAACCUCCUGUGGAGUAUCUCCAAUGGCAAUACAUCCUUUCUGAGAUAAGGGAUCCAAAACUGUUGACAGCACUCCAACUGCAGCCUGACUAGUGUCUGAGACCACAAGACCAUAAGACCAUAGGAGCAGCAUCAGGCUACUCGGCCCAUUGAGUCAGCUCUGUCAUUCAUCAUCCACCCUAUCUAGUCCUUUCAACUUUCGUAAGGUUUCAGUGAUAUCCCCUUGCAUUCUUCUAAAUUCCAGAGUCCCAAAGCUCUCAAACGCUCCUGAUAUGUUAACCCCUUCAUUCUCUGAAUCAUCUCGUGAACCUUCUCUGGACUCUCUCCAAUGACAACACAUCCUUUCUGAGAUAUGGGGCUGUAACUGUUGACAAUACUUAAGUGUGGCCUGACUAGUGUCUUAUAAAGGAUCAACGUUUUCUCCUUGCUUUUAUAUUCUAUUCCCCUUGAAAUAAAUACCAACAUUGCAUUUACCUUCUUUACCACAGACUCAACCUGUAAGUUAACCUGUGCGUCUUGCACAAGGACUGCUAAGUGCCUCUGCACCUCUGAAGUUUGUACCUUCUUACAAUUUAGAUAAUAGUCCAUACUAUUGUUCCUUUUACCAAAAAUCAUUAUCAUACAUUCCCCAACACUGUAUUCCACCUGCCAAUUUUUUGCCCAUUCUUCCAGUUUGUUUGUCCUCCUACAAUCGCAUUGCUUCCUCAGCUCUACCUACCCCUCCACAUAUCUUCGUAUCAUCUGCAAACUUUGCCACAAAGACAUCAACUCCAUUAUCCAAAUCAUUGACAAUGUGAAAAGUAGUGGUCCCAAUACUGACCCCUGAGGAACACAACUAGUCACACCAGAAAGGUUCCCUUUUAUUCCUGCUCACAUGCCUCCUGCCUGUCAGCUAUUCCAGUAUUCUUGCCAGUAUCUUUUCUGUAACACCAUAGGAUUUUAUCUUGUUAAGCUGCCUCAUGUGUGGCAGAUUAUGAAACUCCUGAAAAUCCAAGUAAAUGACAAGCACUGUCUCUCCUUUGUCCACCCUACUUGUUAUUACCUCGAAGAACUCUAACAGAUUUGUCAGGCAAGAUUUCCCUUUACAGAACCCAUGCUGACUUUGACUUACCAUAUCAUUAGUCUCCAAAUACCUGAUCCUUAAUAAUAGACUCCAACACUUUCCCAGCAACUAAGGUUAGGCUAACUGGCCUAUAAUUUCUUUCCUUUGCCUUCCUCCCUUCUUAAUGAGUAGAGUGGCAUUUGCAAUCUUCUAGUACCCCGGGACCAUGCCAGAAUCAAGUGAUUCUUGAAAGGUCAUCACUAAUGCAUCCAUUAGCCAUUUCCCCUAUCAAUGCUAGUAUAUCUCCUGUAACAUCAUGGGAUUUUAUCUUCUUAAGCAGUCUCAUCUAAGGCACCUAAUCACAUGACUACUGAAAAUCUAAGCAAAUAAGACGAUAAGACACAGGAGCAGAAUUAAGCCAUUUGGCCCAUCGGCUCUGCUCCGCCAUUCAAUCAUGCUGAUCAUUUUUUCCCCUCCUCAGUCCCACUCCUCAGCCUUCUCCCUGUAAUCUUUGAUGCCAUGUCCAUUCAAGAUCUGAUGAAGCUCUGCUUUAAAUUCACCCAUUGACUUGGCUCCACAGCUGCCUGUACUAAUAGAUUCCACAAAUACACCCGCCCUCUGACUGAAGAAAUUUCUUCACAUCUCUGUUUUAAAUGGACGCUCUCUAUCCUGAGGCUGUACCCUCUUGUCCUAGACUCCCCCGCCAUGGGAAACAACCUUUCCGCAUCUACUCUGUCUGGACUGUUCAAUAUUCCAAAGGUUUCAAUGACAGCCCCCCCAUCCUUCUGAACUCCAGUGAAUACAGACUGAACCAUCAAACGUUCCUCGCAUGAUAACCGAUUCGAUCACGGAAUCGUACUUGCAAACCUCCUCUGAACCCUCUUGAAGGCCAGCACAUCUUCUCUUCGAUGCGGACCCCAAAACUGUUCACAAUAUUCAGGGUGAGGCCUCACCAGUUGCUUAUAAAGCCUCAGCUUCACAUCCCUGCUCUUGUAUUCUAGACCUCUUGAAAUGAAUGCUAACAUGGCAUUUGCCUUCCAUACUACCAACUCUACCUGCAAGUUAACCUUUAGGUUGAUCUGCACAAGAACUCCCAAGUCACUCUGCAUCUCAGAUUUUUGGAUUUUCUCCCCAUAUAGAAAAUAAUCUGCACAUGUAUUUCUACUACCAAAGUCCAUGACCAUGCAUUUUCCACAUUGUAUUUCAUUUGCUACUCUCUUACCCAUGCUCAUAAUCUGUUAAGUCCUUCUGCAGCCUACCUGUUUCCUCAACACUACCUGCCCUUCCACCAAUCUUCGUAUCAUCUGCAAAUUUGGCAACAAAGCCACCUAUUCCAUCAACUAAAUCAGUGAUGUACAGCAUGAAAGGAAGUGGUCCCAACACGGACCCCUGCAGAAAACAACUAGUCACUUGCAGCCAACCAGGGAAGGGUCCUUUUAUUUCCACUCGCUGCCUCGUACCAAUCAGCCAAUGCUCUAACCAUGUUAGUAUCUUUCCUGUAAUACCAUGGGCUCUCAACUUGGUAAGCAGCCGCAUGUGUGGCACCUUGACAAAGGCCUCAUGAAAGUCCAAAUAUACAACAUCCACUGCAUCUCCUUUAUCUAUCCUACUUGUAAUCUCUUCAAAGAAUUCCAACAGUUUCGCAGGCCACAUUUUCCCUCAAGGAAACCAGGCUGACUUUGUCCUAUCUUAUCCUGUGUCGCCAAAUACUCCAUAACCUCAUCCUUAACAAUUGAUUCCAACAUUUUCCCAACCACUGAGGUCAGGCUAACUGGUCUAUAAUUUCCUUUCUGCUGCCUUCCUCAUUUCUUAACGAGUGGGAUGACAUUUGCAGUUUUCCAGCCCUUUGGCUCCAUUGCAGAGUUCAAGGGUUUUUGAAAGAUCAUUACUAGUUCCUCUACAAUCAGUAUUGCUGCCUCUUUUAGAACCCUAGGAUGCAGUUCAUCUGGUCCGGGUUACUUAUGUAACCAUAGGUCUUUCAGCUUUUUGAGUACUUCUCCCUUGUAUUUAUAACUGUGCUCACUUCUCUUCUCUCACACCCUGGCACACUGCUAGUGUCUUCCACAGUGAAGACUGAUGCAAAAUACUCAUUUAGUUCAUCUACCAUCUUCUUGGCCCCUGUUACAAUUUCUCCAGCCUCAUUUUCUAGCAGUCCAAUAUCCACUCUCAUCUCUCUUUUAUUUUUUACAUACUUGGAAAAAGCUUUUACUGUCCACUUUGUUAUUGUUGGCUUGCUUGCUUUCAUAUUUCAUCAUUUCCCUCUAUGAUUCUUUUAGUUCUCUGUAGGUUUUUAAAAACUUCCCGAUCCUCUAUCUCCCCACUAUUUUUGCUUUGUUGUAUGCCCUCUCUUUUGCUUUUACAAUAGCUUUGACUUCCCUUGUCAGCCACGGCUGUACUAUUUUGUCAUUUGAGUAUUUCUUCAUUUUUGGAAUAUAUCUAUCCUGCACCUUCCUCAUUUUUACUAGAAACUUGCACCAUUUUCACUCUGCCAGCAUCUCAUUCAACUCCCCACUCACUUUUGCUACCUUAUAUGCCCUUCCUUGGCUUUUGCAGUCCUUAACUUCCCUUGUCAGUCCUGAUUGCCUAGCCCUGCCAUUUGAGAACAACUUCUUCUGUGGGACAAAUCUAUCCUGCGCCUGGUGAACUAUUCCCAGAAAUUUCAGCCACCUCUGUUCUGCCAUCAUCCCCCUCCAAUUCACCUGGGCAAGCUCCUCUCUCAUGCCUCAGUAAUUCCCUUUAUUCCAUUGCGAUACUGGUACAUGUGACUUGUGUUUCUCCCUCUCAAAUUGCAGUAUGAAUUCAAUCAUGUUACGAUCACUGCCUCUGAAGCGUUCCUUUAAGUUAGGCUGACUAAUAAAAUCUGGGUUAUUACACAGCACCUAACCUAAGAUGGCCUUUCCCCUAGUAGGCUCAAACACAUCUGCUCUAAAAAGCCAUCUCGUCGGCAUUGAACAAGUUCCUUCUCUUGCGAUCUGACACCAACCUGAUUUUCCCAAUCCCCUUGCAUAUUGAUGUCUCCCAUUACAAUUGUGACAUGACCUUUAUUACAUGCCUUUUCCAGCUCCCUUUGCAAUCUCAACCCCACAUCUUGGCUGCUGUUUGGAGGGCAAUAUAUGAUUCCCGUAAUAUUUUUUUAACAUUUGCCGUUUCUUAAUUCUACCCACAAAGAUUCGUCAUUCUCUGACCCUGUUACCUCUUUCUAAAUAGAGAAAUAAAGCCACACCACCACCUAUGCCUUCCUGCCUGUCCUUCCAUACAAAGUAUAUCCUUUGAUGUUAAACUCCCAGCUACGACCUUCUUUCAGCCACAAUUCAGUGAUGCCCACAGUGUCAUACUGACCAAUCUCUAUUUGUACCACGGUUUCGUCCACCUUACUCUGAAUGCUACAUGCAUUCAAAUACAGCACCUUCAGUCCUGCAUGCUUUGCCCUUAUGUAUUUUACCUCUGUGGUACAAUGUAACUCUGUCUGCAGUUGUACCCAAUCAUUGGCUUGUCCUUCCUUACAUUCAUAUUUCAUAUUACAUCAUCUACUUGUAAACCUGCUGGCUUAUCCUCAGCUCUAUCAUACUGGUUCCCAUCCCCCUGCUAUAUUAGUUUAAACCACCAAAGGUAUUGGUCCCCCUCGGAUUGAAGUGCAACCCAUCCCUUUUGUACAGGUCGCACCUGCCCCAGAAGAGGUCCCACUGAUCCAGAAAUCUGAACCCCUGCCUGCUGCUCCAAUCCUUCAGCCACGCAUUUAUCCGCCACUUCAUUCUAUUCCUAUCCUCACUGUCGUGUGGCACAGGCAGUAAUCCCGAGAUAACUGCCCUUGAGGUCCUGCUUCUCAGCUUCCUUCCUACCUCCCUCUGUUUAGGUUCUCCUCCCACCCUUUUUUCUACCUAUGUCAUUGGUAUCACUAUGUACCACAACUUCUGGCUGCUCACCCUACCAUUUCAGGAUAUUGUGGACGCCUUCAGAAACAUUGCGGAUCCUGGUAACUGGGAGGCAUACUAACACCUGUGUUUUAUUUUCACGUCCACGGAAUUGCCUCUCUCUCCCUCUGACUAUAGAGACCCCUAUUACUGCGGCCAUCCUCUUCAGUUUCCUGCCCUAUUGAACCUCAAGACCAGACAGUGCCAGAGGCAUGGCCACUGUAGGUCAUUCCCCACCAACAGUACUCAAAAUGGAGUUCUUACUGUUAAGGAGGAUGGCUACAGGGGUGCUUUCCACUAUCUUUCUUCUCUCCCCUGACAGUCAUCCAUUUCUUUGUCUCCUGUUGCCUUGGGGUGACUGUCUCCCUGCAGCUCCUGUCUGUCGCCACUUCACUUUCCCUAACAAGCCAAAAGUCAUUGAGCUGCAGCUCCAGUUCCCUAACAUGGUCUCUAAGGAGCUGCAUUUCAAGGCACCUGAUGCAGUCCUGGCCAGAUGUAGUCUCCUGGAAAUCCCGCAUCUGAUAUCCAGAACAGAACACUGGCUCUGCAGACAUACCCCCUAUUCUCUCAAGAGUUAAUUCAGAAGAAAAGAAAUAAGGAAUGAACUUACCUACUUACCUUGCUUCUGCGUGUUCUCCCUGAAGAUUUUUUGAACCAAAGCUUUAUUACCUUGACUCAGACUGUUCUGAUGACGACCACUCCCACGAUAACCACUCCAGUAGGCAAUACCUCUCUUUUAUAGAGACUGGGUUUUUGAAGUUUUUCACCGGACCUGUGUGGGAACUCUUCUGUUGCGUCUGUGCAGUACUCUAGUCGAAGACUUCUGCGGAAAAACAUCCUGCUUUCUAAAGCUCUUCACCGGACCUGCAUGGAAACUUUUGUGUUGCAUCUGUGCAGUACUCUAUCAUAGACUCCCAAUGGAUAAACUUCCUGCAUUUUACCAUGCUGACUGUGGUCUUUUUGCUUCAUGUGCCUCCAAAUACCCUGAAACCCCAGCCCUAACAAUCAACUCCAACAUCUUCACAACCACGAGGUCAGACUAACUGGCCCAUAAUUUGCUUUCUUCUGCCUAUCUCCCUUUCUCUGACUCUCUAUUGUCUUGAUGUAAAAUACUUAUUCAGGUCAUCUGCAAUUUCCUUUUCUCCCAUUAUUACCUCUCCAGUAUGGUUUUCCAAUGGUCUGAUAUCCACUCUCUCCUCUCUUUUACACUUUAUGUAUCUGAAGUAACUUUUAGUAUCCUCUUUAAUAUUAUUACCUAGCUUAAUUUCAUGUUCCACUUUGCCCUCUUAAUGACUUUUUAGUUGCCUUCUGUUGGUUUUUAAAAGCUUCCCAAUUCUUUAACUUCUCACUAAUUUGUGCUCUAUUAUAUGCCCUCCCUUUGGCUUUUAUGUCGGCUUUGGCUUCUCUUGAUAGCUGUGGUUGUGUCAUUUUGCCUUUAAAAACUUCUUCCUCUUUGGAAUGUAUAUAUCCUGUGGCUUCCGAGUUGCUUUCAGAAAUUCCAGCCAUUGCUGCUCUGCCGUCAUCCCUGCCAGUGUUCUUUUCCAACUCCUCUCUCAUGCCUCUGUAAUUCAUGUUACUCCACUGUAAUACUGAUACAUCUGACUUUAGCUUCUCAAAUUUCAGGGUCUAUUCAAUCAUCUUAUGAUCACUGUCUCCUAAAGGUUCUUUUACCUAAUGUUCUCGCAUCAAUUCUAGUUCAGUGCACAACAUCCAAUCCACAAUAGCUGAUCCCACAGUGAGCUCGACCACAAGUUUCUCUAUCUUUUAAGCAUUCUAGAAUUUCCCUCUCUUGGGAUCCAGGACCAAUCUGGUUUUCCCAAUCUACCUGCAUAUUGAAAUCUCCCAUUACUGUUGCAACAUUGCCCUUUUGCUGUGGAUUUUUUUUUUAUCUCCCAGUGUAAUUUGUAGACCACAUCCUUGCUACUGUUUGGGGGUCUGUAUAUAACUCACAUCAGGGUCUUUUUAUCCUUAGCUCUACUGACAACAGUUCAGUACCUUUUGACCCUAUGUCACCUCUUUCUCAUGAUUUGAUUUCAUCUUUACCAACAGAGCCAUGCCACACCUUCUGCCUACCUGCCUGUCCUUUCGAUACAAUGUGUUUCCUUGGAUGUUCAGCUCCCAGCUAAAACUUUUUUGCAGCCACUAUUCAGUGAUGCCCAAAUGUCAUACUGUACAUGCCAAUCUGUAAUUGUGCUACAAGUUUGUUCCAUAUAUUGUAUUCAUAUAUAAUACCUCAGUGCUGUUUUCACUCUUUACAAUUUUGCAUGUGUUUUACAUUGUGUUUCAUCCUGUUCACUGGAAUUUUGCCUUAUCAUCGGCCUCUCCUUGCUAGGAAUCUCACUACACACUGCCUCUGUUUGUAAGACAACUACCUCAUCCUUAGCACUAUCACUCCGGUUACUAUUAGUUUUAAACCCUCCCCAACAGCUCUAGCAACCUGCCCCCUCAGUUUAAGGUGUAACCCAUCCCUUUUGUGUUGGUUGUGCCUUCUCCAGAAGAGAUCCCAGUGCUCCACACACCUGAAUCCCUGCCCCCUGCACCAGCUCCUCAGCCACAUAUUCUCCAGUCAUUCACUCUGUGUUCUUACCCUCACUGGUGUGUGGCACAGGCAGCAAUCCAGAGAUUACUACCAUGGAGGUCCUGUUUUCAGCUUUCUGCCUAGCUCCCUAAAAAUCUCUCUUCAGGAGCUAUGUCACUGGCGCCAAUAUGUACCAAGACUUCUGGCUGCUCACCCUCCCCCUUGUGAAUGCCAUGUACCUGAUCCGAGAUAUCCCUGACUUUGGCAUCUGGGAGGCAAGAUCUGGGUGUCUCUGUCACGCCCACAGAAUCUCAUCUCUGUUCGUCUGACCAUGGACCCUCCUAUCACCACUGCUAUCCUCUUCACUGUCUUCUCUUCUGAGCCACGGCAGCAGACUUGGUGCCAGAGGCCUGGUCACUGUGGCUUUCCCCUGGUAGGUACAGAGCUGUUUACCCAGGAGACUGGAGAUGUUCCAGAAUUCCCACAUCACACGCACACAGUACAAAACACUGCCCCUGGAGCCAUUCUCGCUAUACUACUGUGCCCCAACAGAUGAGGAAUGAACAAUUAAGAGCAAAAAGAGAAACUUACCAGAUACUUUACUUCGCCUAAGCCUGAUGUUGCCUAAAUCUAUUCAGACCAUGAGACCUCUGCUGAAAUUAUCAUUUAACCUCUUCUAAUAAUUACCUUCUGAAUAAUUGGAUAUGUCCUAUCAAUUAGUUCCAGACCCUAGGCAGCUAUCCCAACUAAUAUAAUUCUGUUUAUGAAUGCAAUUUUUGGAAAGAAGUUCCUCUGACCUUAUAAAACUGAAAGCUAAUAUUAUGAUGGUGUGUAGCCACCUAUAUUUUCACUCCUAGAAGGUCAUUUUCAGAUCGCAGGAGAGGAAUUUUGUGACAAAAUUGUUGCUGGCAUUUCUAUCAAUGUGGUGUGCUGACCUGCCAAGUCAAAUGGGCACGAGCAAAAUUCUAUUGCACAUGCACUGCCCACAAUAGCUGUGAACAAGUUAACCAAUGGGUUGAGGUGAGCUUCGAUAGCGGUUAAAGGGCUGUGGCCUCCCAAGGCUGCUGCCAAGGAAUCCCGGGCAUUCAUCUUCAACCAGGUAGGUUUCUUAUUUAACUUUCUUGUUUUGCUCAUUACCUUCCCCAUGCCGGUCCCCUGUUAUUUCACAUCAACCACCAACUCCCACAUCAUCCUGUCCUAUUUGCUAUCUGCCUGACAGCAUCCAACAACAGAUGUGGCUCCCCCGCACCCCACGUCCUGUGGUUUUCUCCCUAAUAAGCUUACUUUGUCAUCUCUUCUGUCUGCUGUGGUAAACACUGCAGGGAACGGCCUAUUCUGCCAAAAGCAGUGCUCUGAGCUUUGCACACUGUACAACAGUAGAGUCUCUCCAGACACUCCUUUUCUGUCAUUAUGGUUCAGAUAUUCUUAGAGUUUUAGAUUUACAGAAACAGAUCUUAUGGCCUCCAUGUUUAUGCUGACUACCUAUAAACUAUCCAAAGGUAUUGUUCCAUAACUUCCCGUGCUUUGGCUAUUGAAGUGUGUAUCUGGGUACUUUUUAAAUGUAAGGGUACCAGCCUCCACUGCACAUUCAGGUACCUUCCAAAUUCCAUUUGGGUGAAAAUUUAUUCUUGAGAUCCCUUCUAAGCUUGUUAUCCCUUCAAUAAACAUAGAGGCACAUUACAGACAUGGC